AUGCUUCUAGUAUACGAUCCAAACAGCAAGAUUCUCGUAAUCGACUCUUUCAACUCUGAAACUACGCAGGGUGACGAAAUCAGGGCACAGCUGGGGGCUGAGGGCGAUAACAUAACCUUCGAGGACGUAAAUCAGAUUUCUCAAUCGUCACUCUCGUCUCCAACAUACAAUGUCAUAUACGCGAACCAGUACAAUACACCAUUGCAUCCUCAUUCCAGUACAACUCUUCGGAAAUUGUCUUCUUCCCUAGUACCAAAUGGCGCUUUAUAUCUCAAGCAACCAGUUCUUCUCACUCCGCAAAACUUGCCAAAUGUACCAGUAUCUCGUAGCACGCAAGAUCUCGUGGGUGAACUAAAACUUGCUGGGUUCGUGGAUAUUGAAAUUCGAGACGCUGUCAAAGUAUCCCGAGAAGAUAUUGCUAAAAUGAUAGAAGCUUGGCAGGUGAAAGAACCGAAUCAGAAAGAGGACAUAUUGCGUGCAUUAGAUGGCCAGUUACAUAUAGUCGAGAUCAUUGCUAAGAAACCUGCCUACGAAACAGGUGCUUCAUUUGCAUUGAAGUUGGGUAGUAAGAGUGGAAUUAGCGGAGGAGACAGGAAAUCUAUUUGGACUAUGGAUUUCCACCUUGGUCUCUGGCCUGAUUGUGAGACUAGUGGGAAGCGAAAAGCAUGUAAGAACUGCUCGUGCGGGCUGGCCGAACAAUUAGAAGCCGAGGCCAAAGCACAGACCACAAUACCUCCGGCGUCUUCCUGCGGCAACUGUAGCCUGGGAGACGCAUUCCGGUGUGCAACGUGUCCUUAUCUUGGUAUGCCAUCUUUCAAACCUGAGCAAACACAGGUGUAUGAAAAUAAGUUGGCCUCUCUGGUAAACGGUCAGACCAUAACAAUCAUACCCGAGUUUACGCUGUCGUCUGGCGUCAAAAUUCGACAAGUUCCCGUCGCAUAUAAAACAUGGGGCGAAUUGAACGAACAAAAAGACAACGUUAUGGUAAUUUGUCAUGCGCUAAGUGGAAGCGCUGAUGUUGAAGAUUGGUAA